AUGGCCUUCGGAUCGGCCCCGAAGCAGCGCCGUGACUGGCGCCAGCCAGGAGGCCUCGCCUAUAGGCCUGCCACCGACCAGUUCUGUCGGGGGAUCCACGUCAGAGAGGAGCAGGAGACCAUCCGCUUCCCGGAAGAAGAAGUCAGGAAUAUUCGGAUCUCUGUUCGGGGCAUCGCCGUGCGACAUGGGAUGCGCCCAGGAUCCAGCUGGGCAGGGAAGCUGGCCCUGUUGGUCACGGACAACAGCCCCGAGGGCGACCCUGGCGCCCUGCUGCAGGGUGGCGGGGGAGAUGGGUGCAAUGAUGGCGCCUGCCCGACCCUCGCGGACUUCGUCGGUCAGCCGCCCCGGCUGGGGGAGGCCUGGCCGCCCGCCCGGCUCGAGGUUGGCACCGAUGAGUACAGCGCGCGGCAGGCGGUCUUCGAGCGUCGCACCGCCCGGAUCGCGAGCCACAACUGCAACCCAGCGGGCCUCCACACGGCCGAGAUCAACCACCUCACCGACUGGACCCCGGAGGAGCUCGCCACGCUCCGCGGCCACAAGUCCCGCCGGGGCGCGCCAGGCGGCGUCGGCCACUUGCCGUUCCUCCUGGCGAAGCGGGGCAAGGGCAAGGACAAGCCCGUUCCCACGGACUUCUCGUGGGGCCACCUGGCCUCCAUCAAGGCCAACAGCAGCGAGCAGGACAGCUUGCUGGCCAUGGAGUCGCGAGCGGAGAUCAAGGGGCUGAAGAAGAUCGGGUUUUCGGCCAACCAGCUCAUCGCGUGCACGCCGAACCCGAAGCACUGCGGUGGCGAUGGCGGCUGCGAUGGGGCCACCGCCGAGCUCGCAUACGAGUACGUGUUCAACAAGGGUCUGCUGCAGGCUAGCGAGUGGCGCGCAAAGGCUGGGGACAAUCAGACAGCAGAGUGUCCCGAGGCCCUGAAGGCGUCCACCGAGGUGGCCACCAGGGGCAUCAUCAGCGCCGACGGCAGCGAGACGCACCGCGGCACGGCGAAGAUGGUCGGCCGCGCCAUUGGCCUCAAGGGGUGGACGAAGCUGCCCGAGAACAAGGAGGACGCGAUCGUGAGGGAGUUGAUGACCAACGGCCCGCUGUACGUCGCUGUGGCCGCUGGCGACGGCUGGUUCGACUACAAAGAGGGUGUUAUGACGGAGGAAGCGUGUGAUAGAGACUUCAUCCUGAACCACGCGGUGGUCCUCUUCGCCUGGGGCGUCAAGCAGAAGACCAUCCGCGGGCCCGUCAAGUACUGGCAGAUCAAGAACUCGUGGGGCCCGCAGUGGGGAGAGCAGGGCACGGGCCGCUUCAUCCGGUCGGACCACGAGGAGAAGGUGUGCGGCUGGGACGAGGACCCCCAGUCGGGCUCCGGCUGCGACGGCGGCCCCGACAGGGUCUGGGUUUGCGGCACCUGCGGAAUCCUCUACGACGUCGUGGCGCCGCACUUCUGA